AGGAGUAGGCGUGAUCAAGAGGGCGGGGCUUCCUCCACAGCGAACACGCGGUUCCGUGAUCGGUGCGUCUAUUUUCUCCGAUCCGUGCAGGCCUUUUAAACUACGCCCACACCUCGCGAUUCACGAUUCACCCCGCUUUUAACACACCCCGAAGCCACCGGACGCGAAAAGUACCGACGGAACCCGUCACAGAUCGGCGCCAGCGCUCCCGGAAUACCUUCACGCAGCUUCUCAUACGGGUCAUGACGCUGGAAGCGAUCCGGUACCGGUCCGGGUCUCUGCAGAUCCUUAACCAGCUGCUGCUGCCGCACGAGACCGUGUACGAGGAGAUCCGUUCGGUGCAGGACGGAUAUGAUGCCAUCAAGAGCAUGAAGGUGCGCGGGGCUCCUGCCUUGGCCAUCGUGGGGUGCCUGAGCCUGGCGGUGGAGCUGCGGGCGGGCGCUGGGGGCGACGACCUCGUGUGCUUCAUCAGGGACUCUCUGUGCCACCUGACGUCUGCGCGACCCACGGCGGUCAACAUGGGCCGAGCCGCCCGCGAGCUCAUGGAGUUCACAGAGAAUGAGAGCAUGGAGAAAAACACAGAGCAGCUGAGAGACAGCGUGAUUGGCUGGAUUGAGGAGAUGUUGGAGCGAGAUGUGAACGACAACAAAAAAAUCGGCAACUACGGCGCGCAGCACAUCCUGUCCGGAGUCCCGCGAGACUCCGUCACCAUCCUCACGCACUGUAACACCGGCAGCCUGGCCACCGCGGGAUACGGCACGGCUCUCGGAGUGGUGCGGUCGCUGCACACGCUGGGCCGCUUGAAGCGUCUGUACUGCACAGAGACCCGGCCCUACAACCAGGGCGCCCGGCUGACGGCGUACGAGGCCGUGGCGGAGGGAUUCCCGGCCACCCUCAUCACAGACAGCAUGGCGGCGCUCGCCAUGAGGGAGAAAGGCAUCACAGCUGUCGUCGUCGGAGCGGACAGGGUUGUUGCCAACGGUGACACGGCGAACAAGGUGGGCACGUAUCAGCUGGCCAUCGCGGCUAAGCAUCACGGGGUACCGUUUUACGUGGCGGCACCCAGCACGUCCUGCGACCUGAGUUUGGAGAGCGGACGAGACAUCGUGAUCGAGGAACGUCCACCUGAGGAGCUCACCAGCAUCAAUGGAGUUCCUGUAGCCGCUCCUGGUAUCGACGUCUGGAACCCGGCGUUUGACGUCACUCCUCACCAGCUGAUCACCGGCGGCAUCAUCACGGAGCUCGGCGUGUUCCUGCCGUCUGAACUGCAGGCCGCUCUGACGGGGAGACUCACCGCUCUGUAAGGCGCCUCUCACCUCCGGCGCGCUCCUAAUGUUUUCACCUCACUGUGGUGGAAGUUGCACCUUUAAUUACACACACAAGCGUCGACACUGAGGUGUUAGCAAGGUAUACAAGGCUCGCUCCAUUCAAUUCAACACUUUCAAAGUGGAAUAACACCAUGUGACACACACUUGUACAACCCAGGGAUGCUUGUAAACACACUCUCACACACACACUCACACACACACGCACACACGUUCUCCUUCUCUCUGAGUGUACAGCUCAUGUCACAUCAUCUCAUGUCUUUUGUCUUCAUCGUUGUGAAAACCUUGGUCAUUUGUUCCCUUUCCGCUCGUUUUUUCCCUUCUAUCUGGCUCAGCUCCAGUUUUUAACAGGAAGUGUUUCACAGAGAUGUUAAACGGUGUAGAUCAUUCAGAGUAUUUCAAAAUAAAAGCCUUGCACUAAAUACGGGUCAACUGCUGUCCAUUAAGGGGGAAUCUCACGAAACCUGUCCAGAGCUUGUCCAGGUCUUAUUUCAUCACCUAAUAAAAAAAUAUUUUAAAUAUUCUCAAAAGUACACGUAAUUUGUUUUUUUUUGUUUUUUUGGCAUUUCUAAUGAGAAAAUAUUUUGCAUUACACUAAAGGGGAAAAUGUUUUUAAUUCUUGUUUUGAUAUUAUUUUCAUUUUUUUUUUUUUUUUUUUUUUUUUUUUGCAAAACUAAUUGCAAAAUAUAACGCCAUAUUUUCUUUUGUUUUGAGGUGAAGUGUUUUCAUGAGACUAUCCCUUACAGGUCCGACUGUUUAUUAGUUAUAAUAGAUUUGAAAAACUAAGCCCAUUUCAGAUAUAGGCUGUACUUUAAUGUACUUUAUUGUACAUAAGCACGCCAGUCUUUUUCCAGGCAGUGCCAGCUGAACAAACUAUCUCAUGUUACUAAAUCAAAAUGCUAGAUUAACAUUGAGACAUUUAAAACCUGCCUUUGAGCAAAUAAAACAAAUACAGAGAGAAUGACCACUCGUAUGCAGAGAGUUUUAAUGUUAUUUGAGCUUUACAAGCAAACACAGUGAGUUAGAAUGAAGUAAUAAAGACCAGAAUGGUCGAUCUGCCUAAAACGAACAAUUACCGGUCAGUGAUUUGAACUUCACUUGCAGUUUUCAGGUUUAUCUCGAGCUCUAUUGGUUGACAACACAAAUUAUUUUCACGUACAACCACAGAUGCUCGAGUUAAACCUGCGGUAUUUCUUUAAAUCUGUCAUUUAGGCAGAUGUAUUUGAUCAAGGUGUGGGAAAAUGGUGCUAUGGAGCUAGAUGUUAGACAAUACCUCAGAAGAGAUCCCAGACUCCUCUAGUACUUCCACUCUACUUACACAACCGUACUUGUUGUGUAAGUAAAUACAACACAGAACUAUCAAACACGAUCACAGCUGAGCCUGGGUGAGCGUCUGCAGGCACGGCUGCCUGACCUCGGGUCAGAGUCCGGUGUUGUCCCCAAUUCUGCACCCUCUAGUACUUAUAGGUUUAGGAGUAGGAGUGAGGGAGGGGUAAAGAUUAGGCAAUUAAUUAGUGACUUCAACGAAUCUGGCAGGGGUGCAGAAUUUGGCACAACACCGCCGAACUGAUGCUGACGCGUGCCACUGUGGGUUUAAGUGCGGGUCUGAUCCGGGAUCAGCGCUGUGAGUUGGUCUGGGCUUGUGCUCCGUGUUAUCGAAUGUAACGAGGCCCGAAAUCCUCACUGCCUUACGAGACCAGCAAAAACACCCCGCCCACUGAUGUCCGAUUGGCUGAAUGAGACGGAGCCACGCCCACGGCUCAGAGAACACUUACGGCUUUCUGAAAUCACCAUAGCAACCCCAUCAUAUAAACUUAUGAAAAGUAACAGAAUUUAUGUUUGUUUGUUUUUUUGUUUUUAUCAUAGUACCCCUUUUAAACUGUUGUUUAACACCAAACCGAUUGUUCAGCCGAUGAGACGUCUCUUCGAAUAAAAUGUUCGCUAGACGAAAACACCAUAGAACAGUUUGAAAGUUGUGAGCUGUCAAAAAAUGAUGACCUUUAUAUGAUGUGUGCCAUGACUGCACAGCCUCGUUUUCAUCCGCGUUAAAUCCAAAAUGGCGUCUAAGGCAUGAUAAAGGCAUAUGGUGCGUCCAAAAUCCCGCACUUGUGCACUAUUCUAUGAUGCUUUGUGGUAUAAAUACUGCGAGUAGUGUGUUGAAAAUUACAAAAAGAAAAAGUGCACUAUAAAUACCUGGAUGAUGCACUUAAAUAACUGAAAAAAGAAAGAAAAAAAAUGAAUGUUGGACACUUUAUCCACUCAGUUGUCGCAUCUUUUAUUGCGUAGCGAAGGGGGAGGGGCUUUCAGACUCUGAUUAUGAAUGACAAAAUAACCUUAUAUAAUUCAUACAUUACAUGAGUGAGUACAUAGUGUAUAGUGCAUCACUUGGGACGCAGCUAUAGAUAUCUAUAGGUAGAUGUCUGCAAUCUUGGAACGGUCACUCACAAUAACAAUCAAUGAGUUUCAAAAUGCAACAAUAUUGCUUAGCCUCUGAAUGUAAAAACUGUCAAAAUUGUAAUUGCAGAAGAAACUGGAUAAACUUUCACAGGUAAUAGUGUAUUGGUUUGUGUUUUUAAUAUGUAUUAACUCAAUGUUACAGAUUUUUAAACAUCAUGUUAGCCUACAGCUUCGACUUCUUGUAUUGUGUUAAUUAAGAAAAAUCAUCUGCUGAAGUCUAUUGCAGAUACAGAUAUUCUCACAUGUGUACAACUACAGUUGCAAUGCACAGGCAACUUGCUCUCAGUUUUUACUGACAAAUAUAGCGGAUGGCUUACAUAUAGAGGCCCAUAGAAACAGACUCUUAUAGGACAUCUAUCUAUACAUAUCUAUGGAUUAUUUAGAUAAUAACUUUGCAUCACACACGGUAUUGAAUGCACAUUCAUUUUUACAGUUUCAUCUGUUUAAAUAAAACAUGUAGCAUCAAAACACUUAGAGCAGCUGUACAUGUUUGUCUAAUUUUUUUAAUCCAAAUUCUCAUAUAAUACAGCUCAAAACUGUUUAAUUUCUUUGAUUUUUAAGACCAGAACUAUGAAUAGGAAAUAUGGAAAGACAUAGUGUAGCAUCGGAGUCAUCCAUGUGGCUUUGUAAUGUUCUGAAGGUACAAAAUUAUUUUUCACAUCACAGUAUUUUUAUUUUAAUUGGACUGUGUGAGCUGAUGAUUUGUUUUAUGUAUAUCUAUACACUGUAUAUCCAUGAAUUGUGAUUCUUGGUGAUGAAUCUGUUGUUAAAAAGCUUACAUUGAGAGGCCCUCUUUAGACACGACUCGCCACUCGACAGCUAAGAGGCUAAAUCUACAAUAUAAGCAAAGAAAUGCCUGAGAUUUAAAACAUUUAAGACGAAAUGCUUUGAAGCGCUUCACAUGCACGGCCUGGCUCUUGUAGAAACUGUGAUUCAAGCAGUUAGCUGGUGUGCCAAAGCUGUAAACGUUCAUGGACUCUUCUCUCUGUAUUAUACGGAAAUUUAAUGUAAUGCAAAAAUGAAUAAAUCUUUAUUCAAACACAGAGAGAGAGGUAGAUGGGACGUUUUCUUCUUCACCAGACGACCCAAAUACAGGACGGUCAGCUGAUAAAUAAGCUCAUAUGUUUGCCAUGUGCUUUAAUGUGAUGAGAGGAAACUCUGGUGCCAAAACGAUAAUGUGACUGUGAUCAGUGGGAAGCGUGACGGUGGACAGACGUCCGUCUGAGAGGACCUCUUUGUGUUUCUGUUUGUUCUCGUUCUUCUAAUUGAUAAUCACAACUGAGUUUGAUUUUGUAUUCUGUGGAAGUAGUUGGAGAAAAAAAAAAACUAUUAGACUGGAUGUUUUUUAUACAUAUGAUAUAAUAUACAACAUACAUAAAUUAAGAGAUGUCUGUUCCACAUCAGUACAAUAAACAGAGAGAACCAAUA